UUAUAAAUUUCCUCAAAAUUAAAUAUAUUCAAGUAACUCAAAUUUAUCAUUUCGAUGGCAGUAAAGAAGGUUUUACUAACUGUAAAUGGCGAUGAAGUUUCUAAAAACAUCGGUUAUCAUUUAGCUAAACGAGGUUGCAGGUUGGUGUUGGGUGGAGAUGAAAAAGUUGUUAAGAGUGUGGCUGAUUGGAUAAAAAAUGAAUUAAAAGAUGUAAAGAUUGAAAUAGUUGGAUUAGAUAUGGAAGAAGAGAGAGAAGUUGUUUUCGAUGAAGCUGUUGAGAAAUCAUGGAAUCUUUUGGGCCAAGUUGAUGCUUUUGUUAAUUGUUACGCUUAUGAAGUGUCUUGUUUUCGUACAACAGGAAAGAUGCAAGAUAUGCUGCAAAUGUCUGAAGUUGAGUUCAAAAAGACAGUUAGAAUAAACUUUAUGGCUGCUUGGUAUUUGAUGAAAGCAGUUGCAAAAAGAAUGAGAGAUAACAAAACAGGAGGAUCCAUUGUAUUUAUGACCUCAAUACUUGGUGCCGAGAGAGGAAUAUAUCCAGGAGCAGCUGCAUAUGGUGCUUGUCUCGGUGGUAUUCAUCAAUUAGUCCGGACAUCAGCUCUGGACAUCGGCAAACACCAGAUCAGGGUUAAUGCAAUUGCCCGUGGGCUGCAUAUAGAUGAUGAAUUUCCAGUUUCAGUGGGCAAGGAAAGGGCACAAAACAUGGUCAAGGAUGCCGCCCCACUGAACAGAUGGCUAGAUCCAAAAAAUGACCUGGCUUCAACCGUGCUUUAUUUGGUAAGUGAUGACUCUCGAUACAUGACUGGAACCACAAUCUUUGUGGAUGGUGCCCAGUCUGUGGUAAGGCCCCGCAUGCGUUCUUUCAUGUGAAAGUCCAAAAUGUGCCACAUAUGUGUUGGUGCACUUUCAUGUGUUUUUGCAUUUAGAUAAUAAUUAUUGGUAUAAGUUUGAACAAACUUAUAAGUUUGAUCACUCAAACUUAUAAGUUUAAACGAACUUAUACUCGAACUUAUAAGUUUGAAUAGGCACCUUAAGAUUAAGGUUAAUCAUCAGUUUUCGUUUUGUAUUAGUAGAGCUCGAGUAUUAGUAUUUCGACAUCUACUAAAUUAAUACAAGGCUCCCGCCAUUAAUAUCUUGUAUUCGUGUUCUUAUUUAUUGUUGAUUUUGAUGUUUGAGGAUUCCACACUUAAACAUCAUUGUAAACCUCGAAGAUCCGUGUGGUUAGGGGAUUACAAUAUGUUUGGUGUUGUAAGUUAUGGUAGAAUUGGUGUAAUAAUUGUGGUUGGGUUUUGGAUUUCAUUAGACCUGAUGACUGAAUAUAUUUUUGUAAACGACUAAACGUUGAUUUCUUGGAUGACAUGAAAUGAGAUUGCGUUGAGUGCUGCUGCCCUAGCUGCAGUUUUAUGUCA